AUGCAGCAGAAACCUGCUUUCAUCCGACCAGUGGAUUUGCCGCCAGGUCCUCAAAGUCUCGUCUCGCCAAACACCAUCACAAACGCGUUCUUUGAUGCUCAUCUGUUAGCAGAGGACGCUUUAUCACUCUUCGGGAGGCUAGUACAGCCGCCCUUAGGCGAUUUGGAAGCGUUUUUAGAGACAGGUGUCGAUAAGAACCCAAGAGACUGUACGAAAGCUAAGAAACUGGUCUGUAAAAUGGACAAGGUGUGUGGGUUUGGUUGUCAACUAAAUCACGUGACCUAUUGUCUGAUAAUGGCAUAUGGUACCCAGCGUACACUUAUUCUUGACUCAAAGGAGUGGCAUUAUGCGCCAGAAGAGGGCUGGGAAUCAGUAUUUUUGCCAGUUAGUACGAACUGUACAUCGACCAUGGGGCAGCGCGCACUACAUUGGAAUGGCAAGACAGAUUACAGUGUUAUCAAAUUACCAUUUAUAGACCGACUAUCCCCUCGUCCUGACUUUCUUCCUUUCGCCUUACCGCUGGAUAUCUCUGACAGGAUUGAACGUUUCCAUGGUGAACCAGCGGCUUGGUGGAUCGGACAGUUUGUGAAAUAUCUAACAAGACCGAAUGCGAAGCUCAACAAAUACUUUCAAGAAAGAAUGCGAAUGCUUGGGUUUGCCAAGCCAAUAGUAGGUGUUCAGAUACGGCGAACAGACAAGAUAACAAGGCGGGAAGCAGUAUUCCACGACUUGGAUGAAUAUAUGAACCAUGUGAAGGAAUGGUUUGAUGUUUAUGAGCGGAGUCAUUCCAAUGUACAACGUAGGGUAUACCUUGCCACAGAUGAGCCGACGAUAUUGUCCGAUGCUGUCCAAAAAUAUCCAGACUACAAAUUUAUAAGUGACAACGAGGUCUCAAAAUCCGCCGGAAUGAACAGUAGAUAUACCAACACAUCUUUACGGGGGAUUCUUCUUGAUGUACAUCUAUUGUCAAUGUGUAACUAUCUAGUGUGUACAUUUUCCUCGCAGGUGUGCAGAUCUGCCUACGAAAGAAUGCAGCCUCGCUAUGGAGACGCUUCCGGUUGUUUUCGUUCUCUUGAUGAUUCUUACCAUUUUUUCGGACAAAAUCCUCGUUACUGGAAAGCAGUUAUACAACAUAAGGCGAGAGACGCGGACGAAAUAUCUUUCGAGAAAGGUGAUUUUGUGAAUGUGGCAGGCAAUCAUUGGAAUGGUUACUCGAAAGGAACUCAUAUUAAAACGAAUAAAGAAGGAUUGUUUCCGACAUAUAAGAUCAAAAGCGAAUUAACGCGCGUAGCAGUGCCGACUUACCCGGAAGUUGAAAUUGGAGCUGGAAACUGGAACUUAAGGAAAUGA